AUGGAGAGACUAAGCAGAAGUCCAGAGAGGAAGAAGACUAAGACUGGGGAGCAGAGCAGAUCGUCAUCGUCAUCAUUUUCAUCAUCAUCCUCCAGUUCAAAGUCGGAUUCCCAAGUGACAACAACUACUGGAUCCCCAGACUCAACUGAGAGAUUCAAAGAAAGGGGUGAUACACCAAUCUUCGAGCUCGACAUGCCGGACAUCGAGAACUCACCAGAUGCUGAACAAAAGGCGGAGACGUUCGAUGUCACCAAGGAGGAGACACCAGAAAAAGAGACGAUAGAGGUCAUAUCACUCGACGGUCCAGAAACAUCCAGUGUGGAGAAACGAAGCAGACCAACCAGGCAAACCACACUCAAAAUAAAAGAUCCAACUAACGAGUCACGGAGAAUUGUUGUCGACCUCGAAAAAUUGGAGGAACAAAAAAUAGUAAUCAAGGGUAAAGAGGGAACGCCACUGCUAGAGCCGCCCUUCAGCAGGGUCACAAGAGCCAAGUUUGCCAAACGGUCAAAGGUCAGCCUGACGAAAAUGAGCCGGGAGGAAAGACAAAACAUGGCCAAGGUAAUAGUCGGUCCACUAACUAGGACGAUCGACGAAAUGGCCAGAGGAGGUGGAGAAAUUCUGACCAGAGUUGAGGCCCAGAAGGAGAAUCAUGAACCAAAGAAGGUGAAACCGUCGGUGAUCCCCCCAUAG